CAAUUGACAACUAAAGCUCGAGAGGCUCGUAAGGAUGAACAGCGACGAGUAUCUAGAAGCUAUGUACUCACCUGGGCAAGGAGACUCCAACACCAAGGACGUUGGAAGUUUCGAGAAGCGAAGAUGGAAACUGAAGUAGCACGUCAGGUCAACUCUGGCAAAAACUGCUAAAGAAAGAAAAGUCCAACUAAUUUGUUUCCAACAAUAAAAUGAAAUUAAUUUGUUUCACAAAUUAUUAACUGGAUAUUAUUCAAAAAUUAUUCAAAAUUCGCUUGAUUGAUUCACGGCCCGGGACACUUGGGUCAUACCAUUUUGGUAAUGGACGAAAAUGGCAGAAGGAAGAACGACCGUUUUUUUCAUAUUUCUCUUUCCCCGGGAAACGAAAGAAUACCCGAGCACCUUGUUUCAUUUCUUCUCGACAUCAAUUUCAAUCUUUUUAAACGAAAUAUAAUCUGAACGAUGAAAAGUUCAUUCAAAUAAUGCUCCGCGCCAGACACUCACGAAAAUUAAGAAGAAACACGGAAAAUUCGCGAAUAAAACGGAUUUCUUUGUCCCAGUGAGAUAAUAAAUCUCGUACACGUAUUGGUUUUUAAAAUCAAUAUAUCCACCAAUGUGCACUCGUUUAACAAGGGUGAUGGAACGUGCCAAAAAUCUCUCAAGAGGGUCUUGGCAACGGAAGAGUCGAAAAUGUCACAAUUAUGAAUGAAAAAUUCGAAUAGUUGCUGAUUUUACAGUCGAAACCGAUAAAGAACUCCAGAUAUUCCCCCAAUUAAUUUACAAUAAAUUCGCGAAAAUGAUCGAUUGCUGACGUCAUUGUAUUCUAGAAAGAUUGUAAAACGAUAAGAAUUUAUUGAAAAAACUUAUAUUCGAUGAUAACACUUCUAAUAAGAGUACUAAGAGGAGCGAUUCUGUACUCACCUUCCUGCCUCGAAGUACCGAACGCAAUUAACCGUCCGCCCAGGAUGGAACCGUUCGGAACUUUUGUAAGUCACUGCACGGCCGCUGCUUAUGGUGGAAAUGUAAUAGAUAUAAGUACAGAGCUCGUGAGCGAACUAAAAACGCGAUAGAGAAGUAGAGAGAGGAUGUUCCGUCCUUGUCUAAUGACGCGCACUUGUACAGGAAAUAUGUAACAGCGGUAUACGAGCAGCGUCAGUGUCCACUAGUGUGCAUGCCUGAUUAAACAAGGACAGGAAGUAUCUAUACAUGGUGUUCUCUUUCUAUUUCCAUGUUGCAUCCAUCUUACUAUACAGUACACACACUCAGCUAUUCUAUCAUUAUAUUUGUGCGUUGCUUAUGUGUGAACCAAACAUUUCCAUGACAACAAAUCGUUUGUCUCUUGUUUGAUGCUCGGUUUUCAACAGAGUUGAAAGAAUUUUUUAAGAGAAACGCAAUGGACGGGUUGUUUUUAAAGCAAUAAACGGAAAUUCUCGUAUGCAUUGAGAAACGAUAGGCGAUUUGAAAGUGUCACUAUGAACGGUGAUUUAUCGAUGCAAGGUAGUAUGAAUAAGAUAUUUUAUAAUCUGCGAAAAAAGGUAAGGAAUAUUCUAGAUUUUAGAUUUUAGAAUUUCCACGUCACAGACGAGUGUGUUUUGUUAUUUGAUUUGUAAUAUUGCUGCAGUUCUCUUAAUAGCUGUUCGUUUCAUGCGAUACUCGCACAUAGUAUCUAUGACUUUUGCUUCUAACAAUUUUUAUAAUUAGGCUGUAUCAAAUAUUUUUAACGUUCGUGUUUCAUGAAAAAUCAUGUGUAACUCGUUGAAUUCGCAAAUGUAACAAAAAAUUACAUGAAAAACCUUAUAUUAUUGUAAUGAAAAAAUAAUUAUAUUAGGAGGAGAGUCGUAUUUCGGAACGUCAUCGGAACAUAUUACACCUUGUAUGUGAUUAUUUGGAACACAAUGGACGUUAGCGAUGUAUUAUUCCGGGAAGCUCGUCUAUCUCCCGAACAUCGGGUUUGCGACAACAUCGAUUUGGAAAUUAUCGUUGCAGAGUAUGAAAAUUAUUACAAGAUGAAAUUUCAAAAAUAUCCCAUAUUGUGUAAGAAAAUAACUGGAAGGGAAAUGACGAGGGAAGUGACAAAUGCAAGCAAAACUGUUUGUAGAAGUAUUGAGACAAAAGCCAAAUCUGUUAGUAAACAAGCGAGAAGUGAGCCUGUGAAAGAGACGAAUCUACAGCAGAAGAUAACUGAUGACAAUACGAAUCAUAUUAAUCUCGCAAUGACAGUGACGUCAAUAUUCCCCAAUGAGAGUGAUGGACGUUCAUCAGAAGAGCUAUUUAACGUUCCAAUGGAACAAUCCAUGCAAUCGAAGAUAUUGAAAUGCAUUGAAAAGCUUUAUUCAGAUAAUCCGGAAUUACGAAAGAUUGCUGAGGACAUCUCAUGCAGAAGACGCCAUUUUAUCUUUGUAUCGUCACAGGAGAUCAUAGUAAACAAAUUAAAUGUACAUUGGGAUGACGUUAUAGGCCUAGAGGAAUGUAAAACCGCUGUUAAGGAGGCCGUUGUGUAUCCCCUUAAGUAUCCUAUCUUUUUUGAUGGCCCGUUUUCCCCCUGGAAAGGUAUUUUGCUGUAAGGCCCACCUGGUACAGGUAAGAUACUCGUAUUCUUUUCAUUUCUGUACGUGUUUACAAGAAAUAUACAAAACAGGGAAAACGAAGUUAGCGAAGGUAGUCGCGACAGAAUGCCAUUGCACCUUUUUUAACAUAAAUGCCAGCUCAUUGGUCAGCAAAUGGAGAGGCGAUUCCGAGAAGUAUAUACGUGUUUUAUUUGAACUUGCCUAUAGUCAUUCGCCUACAAUUAUUUUUAUCGACGAGAUUGACUGGAUCGCCACAAAUAAAGGAGACUGUAUAUUGUCUGAACCUGCAAAGAGAUUCAGAUCAGAACUUCUUUCUAGAUUGGAUGGAUUAGUGUCUAAUGAGAAUUCUAAUGUAGUUCUUCUGGCUACAACUAAUUCCCCUUGGUACGUAUAUCACGUUAUUUCAAUGUUUUCUAAGUAGAAAAUAUCGUAAUAUUUCUCCAAAUUCCAAAUAUGUUAUUGUGUUGUUUGAAGUAUUCCUUCAUUAUUAUUAGUAUAAUAGAACGAUAAUAUUUAUUGUAAAUAUGUUAUUAGGAUUUGAUUGAUUGGCAUUGAUGCAGCUUUACUCAGGCAUCUCGAAAAGCAAAUAUACGUAUCAUUACCCAAUGAAGUUGCUCGACUUGGUAUAUUCAAAUUAUACCUUAGCAACCACUUAUUAGAAAAUACAGAUAUUGUAAACCACAUAGUAAAAUGUACUGAAAGAUAUUCUUGUGCAGAUAUAAAAUUGCUUUGUAAGCAAGCGUGGCUACUAGAAAUAAGCCCGAUAUGGAGGAGACUUGAAAAGAAAGAAACACCUGUUACCACUUUGAAAUAUGAAUUAAAAAGUUAUGAAAUAUUAGCAAAAUUGUUAAAAAAAAUGUCACCUACAGUUAUGCAAAUAGAUAAAUAUGAUACGUGGAACAAAUAAAUACGCAAUCGUAAGGACAGAUAUUGAAAAAUAUAAAUAAAUGGAUUAUCGUUCGAGAAAUCAUUCGCAUGUGUGUGCAUGUGUGUUCGCGCACGCGCUAUAGGCUAAGUUUAAAAUGUUCGGUUGUAUUAUAUCCUUGUAUUAUAUAUGUCGGUGAUGAAAGGAAAACCGGAGCCUUCCCUUUGCAAUUUUGAGGAAGCCUUCUAAUGCUUUAGCCUAGAUUUUAUCAUAACUGUAAUUAAGCAAUUGUUAUUUGUAAUUGUUUGAUAUUUGUGAAAGCGAAAGUGGGUUCGAGGUGACAACUGGUCGCCGAACGUAGCCACGGUCACGGGAUAAACGUUUUGCCUGACGAAGGUGUGGAUCGGUUGUAUUGUUCUCCCUAGAAAUCACAUAGAAUUGUACUUUAGAGAUGUCGAUAUAAUGGGACACACGUUGUAUUAGGAAUCAAUCUCCAGACAGAAACUGCCUAGUAACGGCGUUUGAAUCUUUCUCGAUGUUUCCAAAGAGUAUACAACAAACUUUUGACAGAAAUUGCCUAGCAACAACGAUUGGAACCUUCUCGAUGUUUCCAGCGAGCAUAUAACAAACAAAUGCAGUCGUAUAGCGAAAAAGAUUUUCAUCAGAUAUUCAUUCGUGUGAUCGCCUUGGAAAGUGAUACAUCGAGCAAUUUACCGAGUGUCUUAGCAAUCGUAUUUUUUUGUGUUUAAAAUUAUUCUACGCAUAGUAAAAAGUUAUCCCGUUGACCGUGGAUUCGUUUGAACCCAGGAACAUUGUUAAUAGCGUUAAUUAAAUUCAUUAUUCGUUAAAUUUAUUAUUCGUAAAACAUAUUAUUCGUUACUCUUAUUAUUCGUUAAACUUAUUAUUCUUUAAUCUAAUCAUUAGUUAAACUUAUCAUUUGUUAAUCUUAUCAUUCAUUAAACUCAAUAUUCAUAAUAUUUUGCAAAAUCUUGUAUAUUCGCGUAAAUAUAAUCUCUGUUUCGUAAAACAAUGGCUAAUUAUUCGUUCCUCUUAUUGUUCGUUAAACUUAUUAAUCUUUAAUCUAAUUAUUAGUUAAACUUAUCGUUUGUUAAUCUUAUUAUUUAUUAAACUCAUUAUUCAUAAUAUUUUGUAAAAUCUUGUUUAUUCGCGUAAAUAUAUUCUCUGUUUCAUAAAACAAUGGCUAAUUCAAACGAAGGAUCAUUACGCGCCUUAAAUCCUAAUGAUAACCCGACAUAUAUAUGUGAGUGUAUUUUAUCAAAAAUAUGUUUUUUAUGUUUUCUUAUCUUAGUAAUUAUUUUUAAAAAAGUCUUAAAGUCUUAUAUGAAAAUAAAGCUGUUCUUUAUUUCAAAUAAUUGAAGUAAAUAAAUACAAUGAGUUUUAUAUUUUAUUAUAUCUUA